AUGUCCUCGCAAUCAAAUGAAAGUAGCCAACGAGGUGAAGGUAGCCAAAAUCAACGUCUUCUCGAGGUCGAUGAAAAUUCCAAUGUUGAUAUGAAGCCAGCCUCUAAACCAAAGCGUGGAAUAUGGAGAAAAGCCUUGGGACUUGGAAACAAGGCUGAAAUGAAUGAGGAGAAGAUGAAGAAGAUAACGAAGGAAAUAAACAAGAUACAGGAGGAUAUACGAAAAACAGAGGAUAAUCAUGAGAAUAAUCAAAAACGCAAGAGAACUUAUAGAGAGCAAUUUUUGCGUGAAUAUCUAGGAGAGAGGCAAGAAACGACUGAGGAGGAAGAAGAGAGAAAACUGAAACAUCCAGGGACGGAUGCACAUCCAAAUGUUUCCGCAAUGAAGCGGCGCUGGCAAGAAUAUGAUAGGAUCGCGAGGGCAGGGGCGGAUGAUCUACUGGGAACGCUACGUCGAUCGGAACAAAACCUUUAUUCGCAGUUGGAGGAACUAGAGAGACAACAUGAAAAGCUCAAAGGAAAGGACAAGAUAUCGACCAGGGAAAGAGAGAGAUUGCAAUUGCAAGAGUUGAAAGAAAAAGACGACAUAUCGAUAGAAGAAGCAAAGAACAGGUUGAGACAGUCCACACCAUCCGUCGUUUCCGAAAAACCCAGCUAUUUUAAGGAACGCAAGCCUUCUUCUUCACCUGAGGAGUUGAAAAUGGAAAUGAUGUUGGAGUGGGAGGAUGAAACUUGCAAGGAGUGGAUUUAUGAUCAUCUUGAGGAUUACCUUGAAACCUACGAGAUGAAGCAUGUAAAGGAUGACUUGGCGCAAAUGCAAGAAAUCUGUGGACAGCGUAUGUUUAAGGCGACAGAGGGAGAGUGGCAAGACUGGUUGUAUGAUGCCGGCCGCGUGAUGCAUUGCAAAUUGCAGUCCAUCGUCAAGCCGGCGAUGGAAAAGAGAACGGUAGAGGAAAGAAAUUGUGGAAGCGGAAGCGACCACAUAUUGGUGUUGUAG